AUGGAACAGCUGCUUUAUAUGAAGAGGCGCAGCAGAGUCCUGCAAGUAGAUGAGUUUCGUAUCCCCAGCAGCUCUGUAUCAGCAGAGAGGAGGGUAGUGACUGCACUUUUCGAAGUUGCGCUGAGAAGGCAGCAAGCUCAGGAAGAGGAACUGGGCAUCAGCCACCCGGUGCCCCUGCCCAGCACCCCUGAGACACCCGUUAAGAAGAACAGUGGUGGCAGCCCUUGUCUGCUGUUGGAGAGCAGCAGCCCUGCACACUCAACGAGCACGACCAUGACGGCAGCCAGCACACCGUCAGAGGGACGGAUGCUGAUUCAGGACAUCCCCUCCAUCCCCAGUAGAGGGCACUUGGAGAGCACGUCUGAUUUGGUUGUGGACUCCACCUACUACAGCAGUUUCUACCAGCCGUCCCUGUAUCCUUACUACAACAACCUGUACAACUACUCCCAGUACCAGAUGGCAGUGGCCAGCGAGCCUUCCUCCAGUGAGGCAGGGGGUACGAUUGUAGGGUCGGCUGUCAAAAACAGCCUUCGAAGCCUCCCAGCAGCGUACGUGCCAAGCCAGUCGGGAAAACAGUGGCAGGGGGGGGGGGUGAAGGGCAUGGAGGGCCGCCACGCCGUCAGCUCCCAGUACCGCAUGUGCUCCUACUACCCACCCGCUUCCUACCUAGGACAGGGGGUUGGCACUCCCACAUGCCUCCCCCAAAUCCUGACCUCUGAGGACAUCCCUUCCUACUCGGAGUCGAAAGCAAGAGGUAAGUGCACCCCCCCGGGGCAUCUGGGACCGCAGAGACUUGGGGCAGGCAGCCAGAAGAUGUGUUGCUGA